AUGGGCGCGAAGAAAGCCUCACCGAAAGACCUCGAUGACAGUCUGGAUGAGAAAAGCAGCGAGAAAACCGUCGAGUCGCCAGAUCUCGAUGCCAAACGCGCCACCGUCUUUCAAUUGUACCGGUACGCCUCGUGGUUUGACAUCUUCCUGGUGCUUCUCGGAUGCGCAGUGGCCAUCAUCACGGGUCUAGGGUUCCCAUUUCUCUCCAUUAUUAUCGGCGACGUCUCCCAGACGUUCAUCGUGCUGGAAAAUGCUCGUUUGCAAUACGAGCGCAAUUUGACUGAUGAUACGGCACUCAAGGAGGCGAUGAGCACGUUCAAACACGAUGUUAUUCAGGCUUGCAUCAAGUAUGCGGUCAUCGGCGCUGUCAUUAUGGCCUCUUCUUUCACGCAGAUCACUUCAUUCAUGCUGAGCUGUGAGAAUGUGACAAAUCGGAUGCGAAGGGCUUUCUUCAAGGCGAUCAUGCGACAAGACAUCACCUGGUACGACCGAAACCACUCCGGCACGCUGGCCACCAAGCUUUUCGAUUCGAUGGAACGAGUUCGGGAGGGUCUCGGUGACAAGUUGGGACUGAUGGUGCAGUUUACGGCGCAGUUCUUCGGUGGUCUUACCGUAGCCUUGACUUAUGACUGGAAGCUGACGCUGAUCAUGAUGUCGCUUUCGCCAGUUCUGAUCAUUUGUGGCGGUUUUAUGGCUCGGCUAAUGGCUUCCGCAACAGCCGCCGAGAUGAAAAAGUACGCGGUGGCUGGCCAAAUUGCUGAAGAAGUCCUAACCUCGAUCAGGACUGUAUUUGCCUUCAACGGCCAAGAAAAGGAAUGCCAAAGAUACGACAAGGCUCUGGAAGCCGGCAAACUGGACGGGUACAAGAAGUCGGUGUAUAUCGGCGCUGGCCUGGCCUGUACCUUCGUGGUCAUCUUCUCCUCGUAUUGUCUGGCCUUCUGGGUCGGCACCGAUUAUAUCUACUGGGGAAUGGCGACAUCUUCUAAAGUAUUAACGGUGUUCUUCUCGGUGAUGAUGGGUUCAAUGGCCAUGGGUCAAGCUGGUCAACAAUUCGCCGUUUUUGGAGUGGCUCUUGGAGCUGCUGGAGUUGUUUUUCAAGUUAUCGAUCGGGAGCCAGAAAUCGAUUCCUAUUCCGAAGAGGGCCAAAAGCCGAAACAAAUCCGCGGCGAGGUCCGAGUGGAAAAUCUUCAUUUCCGCUAUCCAUCCCGAAAAGAUGUCCCAAUUCUGAAGGGAAUCUCAUUGACAUGUGCCCCGGGUGAAACUGUGGCUUUGGUUGGAUCAUCUGGAUGUGGAAAAUCGACAAUUGUUCAGCUUCUUCUUCGUUAUUAUAAUCCAGAUGAGGGAAAGAUUACAAUUGACGGAAUUCCAAUUGAAGAGCUAAAUAUUGAAUGGGUCCGUCGAGCAAUUGGAGUUGUCAGCCAAGAACCCGUUCUUUUUAAUACAACAAUUCUCGAGAAUCUUCGUUAUGGCAAUCCAGAUGCAACAGAUGCUUCUGUUGGCCGUACGACACUUGUGAUCGCGCAUCGAUUGUCAACUAUUCGUAAUGCCAACAAGAUUAUUGCGAUGAAAGAAGGACAAGUCGUCGAAGUUGGUACCCACGACGAGCUACUCGCGCUCAAGGGUUUCUACUACGACCUGGUCAACUCACAAGUAUUCGCGGAUGUUGAGCCGAAGAGCGGACGACCAACCACCGGACGCCAGACGUCACGCCAGCUCUCCCGACAACUCUCUCAAAGCUCGACAGCUCGCCAAAGCGUGGACUAUGGCGAUGAUGUUAUUGAUGAGGCGGAUAAGAAAAAGGAAAGCGAUAUCGAACGCCUGAAACGAGAAGCCGUUGAAGAAGGGGCCCAAGAACAAAGUCUCUUCAAGAUUCUGAAGUACGCAAAGAGCGAAUGGUGGCUGCUGGUGGUCGGCUCGGUCGCCUGCAUCAUCCAGGGCGUCGUGUUCCCGGUUUUCUCGCUGUUUUUCACCCAAAUCAUGCAGGUAUUUGCCGAGCCGGACCCCGAACAAAUGCGACGUGACGGUCACAAAUGGGCGCUGAUGUUCCUUGUGCUGGCUGCCGUCCAAGGAUCCACGAUGCUCAUCCAGGCAACCUUCUAUGGAAUUGCCGCUGAAAAGCUGACGAUGCGGUUGCGUUCAAAGGUAUUCCGCAAUGUCCUCCGCCAAGACGGCGCUUAUUUCGACCACCCAUCCCAUUCGGCCGGCAAAAUCUCAACUCGCCUCGCCACUGAUGCGCCGAAUGUCAAGGCUGCUAUCGAUUAUCGUCUCGGCUCGGUCUUCAACGCUGCAAUCGCUUUGACGGCUGGUACUGGAAUCGCCUUCUAUUAUGGGUGGCAGAUGGCACUGCUCAUGCUUGCCCUGAUGCCAAUUCUGGGCAUUGGCCAAUCGCUCCGUGUCCGCCUCUUCCAGGGCCGCAACAACCGCGACACCUCCGAUUUGGAAUCAUCCGGAAAGAUCGCCAUGGAAGCCGUGGAAAACAUUCGAACCGUUCAAGCCCUGACGCUCGAGCGGACGAUGCACGCCAAAUUCUGCCACCACUUGGAUAAGCCACACGAAACGAGCAGGCAAAAGGCGGUGCUCCAGGGCUGCGCUUAUGCUGUGGCCAAUUCCUUGAUGUUCUUCAUGUUUGCCGCUGAAUUCCGCUUUGGUGGCUGGCUGAUUAUGGACCAUCAUAUCACCAAUCCAAUCAACGUCAUGAGGGUCAUGAUGGCCAUCCAGUUUUCGUCGAGCUCUCUCGGCUUCGCUUCAGCGUAUUUCCCGGAAUAUGCCAAGGCGAAGUUCGCGGCCGGGCUCAUUUUCAAGAUGCUGGGAGAAAGCCCGUCGAUUGACAAUCUGAGUCAAGGUGGCAAGAGGACUACUAUCCACGGAGCUGUCAACUUUAAGGACGUUAGAUUCUGCUAUCCUCAACGGCCGGAAGUUCAAGUGCUGAAAGGAAUGAACUUGAAAGUAAACCCUGGCGAAACACUGGCAUUGGUCGGUGCUUCUGGAUGUGGAAAAAGUACCGUUGUCCAAUUACUCGAAAGAUUCUACGAUCCGAAUAAUGGAUUCUUGGAAGUAGACGGAGAAGAUAUCAAACAAUUGAAUCCUCAGCAUUUGAGGAAACACAUUGCCCUCGUUUCUCAAGAACCUAUAUUAUUCGAUUGCUCCAUUAAAGAAAAUAUCAUCUACGGAUUGCCCGAAAACUCAGUUUCUGAUAGCGAAGUGCUGGAAGCGGCUAAGAAAGCGAAUAUUCACAAAUUUGUGAGCGAAUUACCGGACGGAUAUGAGACACGAGUUGCACUGGAUACAGAAUCUGAAAAGUUAGUACAAGAUGCCCUGGAUAAAGCAUCACAGGGUAGAACUUGUAUCGUUAUUGCCCAUCGUCUAUCUACUGUUGUUAAUGCUAAUUGUAUUAUGGUCGUCAGUGGAGGGCAGGUCAUCGAGCAAGGCACUCACAACGAGCUGAUGGCGCUGCGUGGUGCCUAUUUCAACCUGACCCUCAAACAACAGACGAAACAAGGCGAACACGUUGCUAGCUUC